AGUCGCGUUCGUAUGAAUCGGCGUGAGUGCCGUGAGUCACGUGUCGCGUACGAGGAAAUUGACUUGUUGUUGACCAAGACCAUAUGUUAUAAAUAAUACAAACGUCAUAAUCGAACCUUCUUCUCAAUUUGGAAUCAAACUUUUAACCCGUUAAAUUGUUUUAAACUUUGGCCCUCGGUUUCACUCUCGCUCUUUUUAAUCUUGUCGCACAUGCGCUGCUUAUAGGUUAUACGUUAUAGGUUAUAUGUUGGAGAAAUAACAUAUCCGGAGUUAAUCCAGCGUAUUCCUGAGCACUCCCGACCGGAAAGAUGUCGGGACGUAGGAAGAGGAACAAGAACAAAUUGUUGGAGAGGAAACCCCGUCGCGUACUCGGCAAGGAGCAAAAGCACUAUCGGGAGAGCGGCGAGGAAUCUGAGGAACUCGACGAAGACGAUGAGGCAGAGGUCAACGAGCGGUCGGUCCAGUUUCCCGUGGCUAUGUGGGACAUGGAGCACUGCGAUCCCAAGAAGUGUUCCGGAAGGAAGCUCGCCAGACACGGAUUGAUAAAGAUCCUGCGACUGGGCGCUCGUUUCCCAGGCUUGUGUCUCACCCCGAUCAGCGAUAAGUGCGUGAGCCCGACGGAUUGCGACAUUGUACGGGAGUACGGCUGCGCGGUCGUGGAUUGCAGCUGGGCGCGCCUAGACGACACUCCCUUCAACAGAAUGAAGACACCCCAUCCUCGCCUACUGCCGUUCUUAGUCGCCGCCAAUCCGAUAAACUACGGGAAACCUUGUCAGCUGAGCUGCGUCGAAGCUAUAGCGGCUACUUUGAUUAUAACGGGAUUUCCGGACGAGGCCAAUCUCUAUCUCGGAAAGUUCUCGUGGGGACACGCGUUUCUGGAGUUGAACGGCGAGCUGUUGGAGAAGUAUGCUCGCUGCGCGAGCAGCAAAGAAGUGAUCGCUACACAGGAGGAAUAUCUGAAGAAUGCCUGGCAAGAGAAAUUAGAUAGACUUGCGCUUCCUGAUUUUCCGCAAAGCGAUACGGAGUCCGAAGAGGAGAAGGAAGAGAAGGACGGGAAUGCGGUAGCGGAAGCAGCUGAGAAAUUAGGCGAUAUAAAAGUGUAAUAAUAUAGCGUACUAAUUAAAGAUAUUUGACUUUUUAACGAAA